UCCAAUGUUUCACGAGAGGCCAUAUUUGAUGUAGAUAUUCCUGGCAAAGCUUUCAUUUCCAAUUUCUCGAUGGAAAUAAAUGGAACUACAUACUAUGGCGAAGUUAGAGCUAAGAGUUAUAGUCAACAACAAUAUGACGAAUCAAAACGCCUCGGGGCAUCUGCUGGACAAAUCACUGCCAAACCGAAUGCAUACAAUAAAUUCAAUAUAGCCGUGAACGUAGCAGCGAUGCAAAAAAUCACUUUUAACCUAACGUACGAUGAAUUACUAGAGCGCCGAGCUGGUAUAUACAACCAUGAGAUCUAUAUUAACCCAGGCCAGCCUGUACGUGAUGUACAAGUUAAAGUUACUAUUCAGGAAACUCGAGCUAUUAAAGAUGUUUCCGUACCAACACUUACUACCGAAAUACCGUCAGUUAUUAAGAGAGACCAGCCAACACCCAAAACAGCCAACAUCCAAUUCUCUCCGACCACGUCUCAACAGGGGGAUGGCGGAUUGGCGGGAAAGUUUAUCGUCCGAUAUGACGUAGAACGUGAUUAUUCGGUUGGAGAUGUCUAUGUUGUCGAUGGAUAUUUCGUCCAUUUCUUUGCGCCCAACAUCACUGAAGAGUUUCCUAGAGACAUUUUGUUUAUGUUGGAUACCAGUACGUCAAUGGCGGACCGGAAGUUGGGCCAACUGAAAGACGCCAUGACAGUUAUCAUCAAAGAGCUAAGUGAACAGGAUCGUUUUAACAUCUUGGUUUUCAACACCCAGCAGACGUUUUGGGCAGACGGUUUCCAACCAGUAACUUCUGGCACAAAAUCAAAAGCUCUAAAGUUUAUCAAAAAUCUUAGAACCAAUCAAUCAAAUCUAAUUUCAGAUACUGACAUCCAGGCUGCCUUGGUAAAAGGGUUUUCGAUGUUCGAGAAGGACCCAGAAGGUGUACCAAUGGUAUUCCUUCUAACUGAUGGAGAACCAACUAAGGGAAAUACCAGACCAAGGUCAAUCAUUCACUGGGUAAAAUCUGCCAACACUCAGAAAAUACCCAUUUAUAGCUUAGCUUUUGGCAAAGGAUCGGAUUGGGACUUAAUGUACCGGAUCGCCUUUGAUAGUGGUGGUGUCGCCCGAAGAAUUUUUGAAGGAUCAUCAGCUUCGCUCCAAAUAGCCCAGUUCUAUAAAGAAGUUUCCAAAGUUUUGCUUGAGGACAUCACAAUACAAUAUUCAAACCUCAAUAAUGGCACCAAGGUUUCAAAUGAAAGGAGCAUAUUUAAGGAAGAUACGGACAGUAUUUUGCUGGGUGGCACUGAAAUCGUCAUAGCUGGCCAAGUACAAGAUAACUCUAAUUACAUAGACUUAGUGAUUGCCGCCAAUUCUGUCAAUGGUCCAAUUGCCAUGAAGGCCCAGGAGAACGACGACGAGGACGGCAUGCACAUCGACAACGCAAGUAAUAUUUUAGAGAGGUUGUGGGCGUACCUUACAAUUAAAGAAUAUCUGGAAACGACGGCUGCAUCAGGUACCAGAGGCGGAGACAGAAAUAAAGCAGAAAGACUUGCUUUAAAGUAUGGGUUCGUGACCCCCACCACUAGUAUGUUUAUAUCACCAAGUGCCACUAAUCUAUGGAAAACCUACGAUGAAGACUAUAAUGAAUUCCACCUUCGAACAGCCAGACCUAGUAAGAUUUUAAUUUUUUUAUUACCCAGUAAAUUAUUUUAG